AUGUCAUCGGUACCAUCUCUACAGGGGUUACCUUCAGAGUUUGAUUUCUAUCAUGAAUUCAAGAGCAGCCAGGUGGACUGUGCAAGUGGAAAUGGCUGCUCCGAUGAAAUAAGUCAAUAUCAAUUGGCACAGAAGUUCCCGAAUAGUAUUGAUCGGGAUCAAGUGGAGCACGCAUUAGCCCAUAUAUACAACAUAUACAAAAAUGGAGAUAAAAAAUCACUGGAAUGUACAGCACGCCAUUUUUUUUAUUAUUGGAUAGGGGACAAACUAUCUAACAGUAAUGGGGGAAGUGGCACUUUUCGAGCUGCCAUGAGUGUUAUUUGCAGAAGAAUAAAGGAUAACUAUAAGCCAGGAGGAUGUGAACUUCCCUGUGAUGAUAGUGGACACGUUGACAGAGACAUCUUCAACAGUAGAAAAAAAUUAUUCGACUUUUGGUAUGAUGGUAACAUAGUACAAACAUUGCUAGAAAUUAGUGGGUCUGAAGGUACGAAGAUAUGUGCGAAAUACAUAGGGGAAAUCGAUGAAGCAUAUGAAGCUGUGCAAACACAUUGUGGAACCAACGGAAGUGAUAAGUACUGUACAGAAUUUUGGAAUAAAAAUAGGAAUAAAAUUAAUCAGGCAUUACAAGGAGUGAACCACGGAUUACAGGCUGCACAGAAACGUACAACGGAGGCAGCAAAAGCAACCUCUGCAGCAGUAGAAGAAGCCGUCCGCAAUGCCACCACCACCUCUUCCAUCUCCUCUAUACUUGGCACCUUAGCAGCGACGACAGUUCCUUUCUUCCUAUAUAAAUAUAAACUUCUACCCUCUUGGUUUGGUAACAAUUCUAAUGGAAGAAGCAGAAAGAAAAGGUCUACCGCACGAAACCGUGAUACGUUGACAGAAGACAGCUCAACGUUCGACUCAACGGACACUUCCACAAUAGGUCCAACGGAUCUAGCCGAAAAUUCCACAGUGCGCUCUGGCGUGUACACUACACCGUCCACAAGACAGUCUACUGGGAGAACAAAUAAUGCACCAGGUCGUCCAAAUAUAGGUUAUCAAAACCUGUAA